GGUGGCCUUUCAACGUAGCAAUGGAUCGCACGACGGAGAAGCUUCGCUCCAAGCACGUUCGAACCCUCGAGUUGCUGCAGAAGACCCUAGAUGAAAAUGCCGAGAUGAAAGACAAGCUGGCAGGUCUAGCCAAGUGCUCGUUGUCGUCGUCGUCGUUUCAGCUGAGUUUGGGCCAAGGCGUGAGUCUCGCAGACCGUCUCAAGGAGGCCGAGGUCGAGAUUGAAAGGCUGAAAGUGCGGCAUUCCGUUGCCCUGCAACAGCAAGCCGACGCAGCGGCCGAGUCGCUGCGUGCCGCGGAACUUCUCAUCGAGCAGCACAUGCUCGACAAAAAAUUCAACAUGACAUCCAACGUCGAAGUCGCUCAACGUAUACGCCAACAACUAGCAGACAAAGAGGCCGAGCACGAGACGGAGAAACGCCACCUUACCCAGGUCAUCCACACGCUGCAAAACCAGGUGCAGGAGCUCCAGGCAGCGCAGGCAGGGGCAAUCGUGCUGGCCGAAGCCAAGCAGCGCGCUGACGACAAUGCUUCCCGAUCCAUGGAAGCAAAGCGGGUCGCCGAAGUUGAGUGCGUCCGGCUCGCAGACAUGAUUGAAAAGAUGAAGAAGAACGAGUGGGCAUAUGCUAGCCAAGUGGAAUCGCUCAAGGCCCAAACGCUCGUCUUUGAAGCUGAACACACUCUCGUUUAUCAAAAGCUAGAGACUCGCGACCGUCAGAUUGACAUGAUGCAAAAAGAACUCGCGGAAUUGCGACAGAAAACUCAACUGAGCGAGGAGGCUCUACAAGUCGAGCUGCGCAUGGCAGCACACCAGGCCGAGACACUAGCCAAGGCUCAGCAACGCACGAUCGCAGAUGACUCCCGCGCAAGUAACUUGCUGAACAACAACCACAGCAGGGACAGCUUGCACCAGUCCCUCGCGAGAGAAAACCAAGCCCUGCGAGACGAAGUCGCCCAACUCCGCGCCGACCUUCAUAAAGCCAACGCGUCGAAGAGUGGGUUUGCCACCCACGUCGAUCUGAAAAAGGAAAAUUUUCUCCUGCGACAACAAGUCGAAGAAAUGCAAGCGAUCCAGAAAAAAUUUCUUGGGUCGGCAAGGAAAAACAACCUCACCAUGAUGUCGUCGCUGAGCAAUCAGCGAGGUUAAGUGCCCACAAAUUCAGGACAGCAACGACAAUGCUGUCAUGAGUGCGUUCACGUGUACCAAACACCUGUGCAACAUAG